AUGUGCAGUGUGGGGAGCUUGCAGGAAGCUGACCAGCGGUCCUUGCUUAAAAAGUAUCGUACAGAGAUCUCGAUGGCAAUUGAUGACCCUUUCCCAUUACUAUAUGGUUUGGUGGAUCAUGACAUUAUUCCUGAACAGCUUUUUAAGGAAGCUCUGGACUACAAGAAACGGGAGGGGAUACACAAAGCCAUGCACUCUGUGUUGUCUUUCCUCUUGGAAAAGGAGAUGCAGACCAUUCAAGAAUUCUGGAAGAACCUAUUUAAGGAAUACAAUUUAGAGCGAUAUCCCAAGCUACAACCACUCUACAUGAGCUUCCCUAAAGCAGUGACAGAUGUAAGUGGGAUUAACCUGAAAAGAUCACGUAGGACCCAAAGCAGUUCCAAGCAACUUUUACAGCUACGGGCCCCUCCUGCAAAGAAGAAGACACAGGAGGAGGCAGGGCUUAUGGGUAGCCAUGUUCAGGCGACUAAUCCUCACAAUUCUGGAAGUGUCCUGAAGGCCAAAGCAGUUAGGAAGACAGAGGAGACAGAGAUGCCACGGGUCUCAAUGGGUAAUGGAAUUCAAGCAGUUGCCACUGUCCAGAGGGCUGUUACCUUGUCCAGUGAACUUCCAGUCACCCGAGGAUCUGUGGAGGGCAUAGUCAUCAAGCAAGUCUUUGAAUCAGGGAGCUCCAAGAAGUGCAUUAAAGUAGGAGGAGAGUUUUAUUCACCAAGCAAAUUUGAUGAACAUCCUGGUCGGAGUAAAACCAAGGUUACUAAAGAUGGAAUUCGAGCCAAGGAAACAACAUCUGGAAGUAUAGUAGAGAUCCCAAGAAAUGACGAUGAAUGUGCAGUUUGCAAAGAUGGUGGGGAACUCAUCUGCUGUGAUGGUUGCCCUAAAGCCUUCCACCUGAACUGCCUGAUUCCUCCAUUAACUGAAAUCCCAAGUGGGACGUGGCGCUGUCAGUCCUGUAAGGGGGUCAGUUGCAAUACUCAGCUGCCCUCAGAAAGAGCCUUUCACAUGGCUCAGAAUCCAGGACCUGAUACCAGAAGUAGUUUGGACCCCACUGGUUCUGCUGUUGACAUCUCCUUUUUCACUUCUCUGACCUCAAAGUCCUUGGCUAACAUCACAACCACCAAAAGUAGUCAGCCAGCAGAGAUGUCUACUGAGCGACCAGUGAACCACCUAGCAAAUCUAAGAGAGAAGUGUGGGGUGUGUGGGCAUGAAGGAGGCCUUAGUCGCUGCUCGCACUGUUUCCAGCUGUAUCAUGCCCACUGCUACUUUCCCAUGAACAGCUCUGCUGACAGACUAGGACUAAACAGAUUUGAAAAUGCUGGCACAUUUACAAGCAAGGCAGAUAUCAUGUCAUUUGAAUAUCCAUUUUUGUUCCCUUAUCAGAUUACAUUACCUGAACAUGCAAUGGGAAAAAAUAAUGGAACAUCUGAGCCAAUAGUUAAUAAAGAAGAGUUUGAUUCCUUGAUUGGUGAGACCUCCAUUGAUGGCAUUCUACAAUGGGCCCUUCACAACAUUUCUCGUCCUCUUGCUGAAACCCAAGGCUAUUUUCAGUGAUCCACUUUGGUUCAGAUGUCUAGGAUUGCAGCUUGUUUGACACUGGAAAAAAU